AGCGGAAGUGACGCCAGGCGUAGCGGAAGUCCCUCCAGCCGCGGUGUUGUGCUGUGGGGAAGAGAGACGGAUUUGUAAACCCCGGAGCGAGGUUCUGCCUACCCGAGGCCGCUGCUGUGCGGAGACCCCGGGGGAAACCACCGUCACCAUGUCUGACCAGGAGGCAAAACCUUCAACCGAGGACUUGGGGGAUAAGAAGGAAGGAGAAUAUAUUAAACUCAAAGUCAUCGGACAGGAUAGCAGUGAGAUUCACUUCAAAGUGAAAAUGACAACACAUCUCAAGAAACUCAAAGAAUCGUACUGUCAAAGACAGGGAGUUCCCAUGAAUUCACUCAGGUUUCUCUUUGAAGGUCAGAGAAUUGCUGAUAAUCACACUCCAAAAGAACUGGGAAUGGAGGAAGAAGAUGUGAUUGAAGUUUAUCAGGAACAAACAGGGGGUCGUUCAACAAUUUAGAUAUUUUUAUUUUUUUUCUUUUCCCUUAAUCCUUUUUUAUUUUUAAAAAUAGUUCUUUUGUAAUGUGGUGUUCAAAACAGAAUUGAAAACUGGCACCCCAUCUCUUUAGAACAUCUGGUAAUUUGAAUUCUAGUGCCCAUUAUUCAUUAUUGUUUGUUUUCAUUGUGCUGAUUUUUGGUGAUCAAACCUCAGCCCCGUUCAUGUCGCCCUCUCCUUUUUAAAAAUUAUGUGUGUGCACAGAGAGGCCGCCUUUUCCAGGACUGUGCAUUUACAGGCUUGUGAUAAAUAAGAUUGACUAAUGCGAGUGUUCAUAAUGACUUUCCAAUUGGCCCCGAAGUUCUAGCAUGUGAUCGCUUCGCUCCUGGACUGUGACUCUCAGUGGGAGAUGGAAGUUUUUCAGAGAACUGAACUGUGGGAAAAUGCCCUUUCCUUAACUUGAAGCUACUUUUAAAAUCUGAGGGUCUGGACCAAAAGAAGAGGAAUAUCAGGUUGGAGUCAAGGUGACAGAGGUGGUGAAAAUAAUGACUAACUCCAAAGAUGGCUUCACUGAAGAGAAAGCAUUUUAAGGUGAAAGAAAAAUCUUGUCAGAAGAUCCCAGAAAAGUUCUAAUUUUCAUUAGCAGUUAAAGUUAUUCAUGCAGAAGUGUAUACAGCAGAACGCUGCUCUUUUUGACUUUAUUUGUACUUUUUGGCCUGGGAUAUGGGUUUUAAAUGGACAUUGUCUGUACCAGCUUCAUUAAAAUAAACAAAAUAUUUGUAAAAACCGUACCAAUGUUCAUUUUAUUUUUAAUUGUACAGAAAGAAAAAAAAUGCUUAAAACAUAAGGUUUUCUUGCAUAAUACUGGAAAUUAUUGUUUGUACAUGGUAAACAUGUUUUCUUUAGUACUGUGCAGUGAUGAUGAUCAUGACUUUGAAGCCCUGAAAGUUACUGAAGUGCCUUCUGAAUUAAGGAUUUAAUUAAGGCCACAAUACCUUUUAAAUACCCAGUGCUGUUUAUUUUAAAAACUUGAUAUUCCUGUGUGGUGCAUAUAUAUGAUACAGUUACCCAAUAUGUUGAAUAAAUGGGCACGCCAAAAAUUCUUAAUUGAUAUUGAUAA